CGGGGCUGCGGCUUCCCGCGCCGGGCGCUGGCGGAGCCUCUGGCCCUGUGGCGGUCCCUUUGCUGCGGCGUCCCGACAUGAGGUGGCUUUGGGUGGUGGCUUUUGUGGCACCCGCCUGCGCUGCUCCCUACCUGGCAGGGGACACCGGGGACGGAGGCCCCUGUGCCCUGCAGCACGGCGUCCUGGGCACGGAGGUGCUGCUGCGGUGCCCGGCUGCCGCGGGGCGGCCCGCCAAGUGGCGCCGGGGGGGGACAGCCCUAGGGACGUAUCCUGCCCCGGGGCUGGCCCUCCCCAACGCCAGCCUGGCCCAUGAGGGCCACUACAGCUGCCACCACCCCGGCACCGGUGAGACCUGGGCCAGAAUCUGCCUGCGGCUGGGCUAUCCCCCCGCGCUGCCCGCCGUGGAGUGCUGGGCCAUCAGCUACCCGCAGGCUGUCAACUGCUCCUGGCUCCUUGCCCCCGAGCCGCUGCUGGACACCGACUUCGUGGCCACCUACAGGCACGGCGUGUGGGGGGCGGCGGGGAGCAACGAGUGCGUCCCCACGGGGCCGCGGAGCUGCUCCUUCGGGGACCUGCAGAUGUUCUCCCUCACCCCCUACGUGCUGAACGUGACGGCCACCAACGCGCUGGGCACCGCCUCGAGCCUCCUGCCUUUCCUGGUGGAGAACAUCA